AUGGCGUCGUACGACACUGGUUAUGAAGACGAACUAUUUCAACAUCCAGUCGGCCCGAGCUCUCAUUGUGGUAUUUGUUAUAAUGUUGUUAAAGACCCUGUGAUGUGUCGUCAUAAUGAGCAUCUGUUCUGCCGAGCUUGUAUCACCAGACAUCUCAUGAACUCCCAGACAUGCCCUUCGUGUUUGGAACCACUCACCGUCGACACUUUGAGCCAACCAUCGCGGACCGUAAUGAACUUACUGUCGGAAUUAAAAAUCCGUUGCCAAUUCUUCAACCGUGGUUGUGAAAAAUUUAUCGAGUUAGGAAAUCUGGACAGGCAUGUCACAGACUGUGGGUUUGCCCCAGUAAUCUGCUCUAACGAAGGAUGUCGACUCGAAGUGAAUAAACAAGAUUUACUGCACCAUGAAACAGCUGUGUGUGAACUACGCCGAGUUCAAUGUCAUAACUGUAAUGACAUACGACAAGAGAUGGACGCAGUGAAAGUUAAUUUGGCAGCAAUGAAUCUAAAGUUGACGGAAGUUGGUAAAGCAGUAAAGGAUGAUGUGGUUGCAAAAGUCAAACUUGUUCAAGAACAACUUAAGAAGCAGGAAGAAAGCAAUCGUCAGCUCAAGACGGACAAUGUGGAAAUGAAGAAAAGUUUAAACGAAAUUACAAAACAACUGGGAAAAUUGACACAACAAACAUCGCAUGAAGUUCAGGCUGAACAAGAGCAAGAAAAGAAAGGAAUUGCAGAAGCUGAUGGAAUGGACAGAGAGCCGAAGGUUGUUGUUGCUGGCGGCUGGAAUAGUCAAGGAAGUUUAAAUUCUGUGGAAAUGUUCAGUCUCUCAAAGUCAACGUGGGAACCAUUAAAGCCAAUGAAAGCGGCUCGUCAAGCAGCAUCUGCAGUUGUUUACAACAAUCAAGUUUUUGUCAGUGGAGGUUAUUGUAACGGUCAUGGAAUCAAGUCAAUGGAGAAAUUGUCAAUGAAUGUUGUUGAAGUUGACCAGUCUGUUGAAAACUGUCCUGACGAGUUACCUGGACCACUGUAUGGACAUUGCAGUGUGGUUUAUAAUGGACGGUUGAUAGUGAUUGGAGGUUACGAUGUUGAUAAACAUGCAUGUUCUGAUAGUAUUACUGAGGUUUCCCUUGCUCCACCUUAUGCAAGUAAAGUACUGGCUACCAUGCCACAGACAAGGUGGUUACAUGCUGUUGUAUUGUUUGGUGAGACGAUCGUAAUUCUUGGAGGAAGAAAAGAUGCGAACAAUAGCAAAAGUCUUAAAAGUGUGUUGUUGUAUGAUAUUGCUAAGAAUGAAUGUAAGGAGUUAGUACCUCUACCUUACCCCGCAAGUAAAACGGCCGCAGUCAAGUGGGGUGAUGAAAAUGUUAUUAUAAUGGGCGGUGCUGACAGUGAUGCCAAACCAUUGAACAGAGUUUUAAUGUAUAACAUCAAGAGCCAUAAGAUUCAUAUGUUACCAGACAUGAAGUAUAAGAGAGAAGGAUGUGUGGCUGCAGUUGUCAAAGACACUGUGAUUGUCAUGGGAGGCCAAGGUGAAAAAGGAAAUUACUUAAAGGCUGUAGAAGGUUUUAGAUUUGAUCACUUCUCCUGGGAACAACUUGCAGACAUGCCGGAAGCGAGUUGCCUCCGUACUGCAGUUGUGUGUUAA